CGAAUUCUAAACUCGUUCCGCGAAAGGAAGAGAGAAAGGGAAGUGAGAGAGAGAGAGAGAUUGAGCUCUAAUCACAUAAAUCAGCGAAGGAGAUCCGAAUCCGAAUCUCAGAUUGGAGUUGAAGUCCUUGGGAGAGAUCCGAUUCUCUCCUGAUUUCCGUUUCUAUGGCGAUUCGGUGGUCGGAGUUGUGUAUCGUAUUGUUCGCUCUUUCUUAUGCCAUUUGCGUCCUUGCCGGGAAGAGUUACUACGAUGUGUUGCAAGUUCCGAAAGGUGCAUCUGACGAACAGAUCAAGAGAGCUUAUAGGAAACUCGCUUUGAAGUAUCAUCCCGAUAAGAAUCAAGGAAAUGAGGAGGCGACUCGCAAAUUCGCUGAGAUCAACAAUGCUUAUGAAGUGUUAUCGGAUGAGGAGAAGAGGGAGAUAUAUAACAAGUAUGGUGAAGAGGGACUUAAACAGUUUUCUGCAAAUGGAGGAAGAGGAGGUGGAGGCGGGGGCAUGAAUAUGCAGGACAUUUUUAGCUCGUUUUUCGGUGGAGGUUCGAUGGAGGAAGAAGAGAAGGUUGUCAAGGGUGAUGACGUGAUUGUGGAACUUGAGGCAACUCUAGAAGAUUUGUACAUGGGAGGCUCUAUAAAGGUAUGGAGGGAAAAGAAUGUGAUAAAACCAGCUCCUGGAAAGAGAAAGUGUAACUGCAGGAACGAGGUCUACCACAGACAAAUUGGUCCUGGAAUGUUCCAACAGAUGACAGAACAGGUCUGUGACAAAUGCCCUAAUGUCAAAUACGAACGGGAGGGAUACUUUGUGACAGUUGAUAUCGAGAAAGGAAUGAAAGAUGGAGAAGAAGUGUCUUUCUAUGAAGACGGUGAACCCAUUCUCGACGGUGAACCUGGUGACCUGAAGUUUCGAAUCAGAACUGCACCACACGCCCGUUUCCGAAGAGAUGGCAACGAUCUACACAUGACCGUUAACAUAACACUGGUUGAGGCGCUAGUUGGUUUUGAGAAAUCAUUCAAACACUUAGAUGAUCACGAAGUUGACAUCAGUUCCAAGGGAAUUACAAAGCCGAAGGAAGUGAAGAAGUUCAAAGGAGAAGGGAUGCCACUUCACUACAGCACAAAGAAAGGGAACCUCUUUGUCACUUUUGAGGUUUUGUUUCCUUCUUCUCUUACUGACGAUCAGAAGAAGAAGAUUAAAGAAGUCUUUGCUUAGUGCUCUCUCUCUUUCUCUCUCUUUAGAAGUUUGGGGUUUUAAGCGGAGAACAUGUGGUGGUCCUUAAUGUAACAUGUCUAGGUUUUAAUAUAGAAAGAAAAAAAUAUGAGGAGACAAAGACGAAGAUGAGAAAAGUCACGAGGAGGGUUUUGAUCAAUUUGUCAUUUUUGUUUGGUUUUGUUAAUCAUAUUAGUGCAUAUUCAUGAAUUAAAUACAAUUUGGAUUAUUUCUGUGAAUCCUAUUUCCAAUA